CCAUUGGUGCAGACUCAGGCCGGUCAAAGACGGAGUCUACGUUCGUUUUAGUUCUGUGCAGCCCACCGGCUCUGUCCCCCGUGCCAAGAUGGCGGCAGAAGCAGCUGGUGGGAAAUACAGAAGCACAGUCAGCAAAAGCAAAGACCCUUCGGGGCUGCUCAUCUCUGUGAUCAGGACUCUGUCUACUAGUGACGAUGUUGAAGACAGAGAAAAUGAAAAGGGUCGCCUUGAGGAAGCAUAUGAGAAGUGUGACCGUGACCUGGAUGAGUUGAUAGUGCAGCACUACACAGAGCUGACAACAGCCAUUCGCACCUACCAGAGCAUCACCGAGCGCAUCACUAAUUCCCGGAAUAAAAUAAAGCAGGUAAAAGAAAACCUUCUUUCAUGCAAGAUGUUGUUGCACUGCAAACGGGAUGAACUUCGGAAACUGUGGAUCGAAGGAAUUGAACAUAAGCACGUCCUGAACCUGCUAGAUGAAAUUGAGAACAUCAAGCAAGUGCCUCAAAAGCUAGAACAGUGCAUGGCCAGCAAGCAUUAUCUCAGUGCCACUGACAUGCUGGUGUCAGCAGUAGAGUCUUUGGAGGGUCCGCUGCUCCAGGUGGAAGGAUUGAGUGACCUCAGGCUGGAGCUUCACAGCAAGAAGAUGAACCUCCACCUGGUUCUCAUAGAUGAACUGCACCGGCACUUGUACAUCAAAUCCACUAGCCGAGUUGUGCAGCAUAACAAGGAAAAAGGGAAAAUGAGCACCCAUGUGAAGGAUACCUCUCCUGGCCCUCUGAUUGAUGUUACAAAUCUCCCUACUCCACGAAAAUUUCUAGAUACUGCUCAGUAUUCUACUGCAGGAAGCUCAGUUGUGAGGGACAUAAACUUGCAGGACAUCAAGGAGGACUUGGAAUUGGACCCAGAGGAGAACAGCACCCUUUUCAUGGGUAUCCUUAUUAAGGGGCUGGCUAAACUGAAGAAGAUUCCAGAGACAGUUAAGGCAAUCAAGGAGCGCUUGGAGCAGGAGCUAAAGCAAAUUGUGAAGAGAUCUACCACACAGGUGGCAGACAGUGGCUAUCAGCGGGUAGAGAACCUCACUGUGGAGAACCAACCAAGGUUACUUUUAGAGCUGCUGGAGCUGCUGUUUGACAAGUUUAAUGCUGUGGCCACUGCACACUUUGUGGUGCUGGGAUACCUGCAGGAAGCUGUUGGGAUUCCAGUGACUCAGCAGGAAGAGAUCAAACUGUAUGAUAUGGCAGAUGUGUGGGUGAAGAUCCAGGAUGUGCUGCAGAUGCUGUUGACUGAAUACUUGGAUAUGAAAAAUACUCAUACAGCCUCAGAACCAUCAGCCCCACUUAGCUACGCCAGUACUGGACGAGAGUUUGCAGCUUUUUUUGCCAAAAAGAAACCUCAAAGACCAAAAAAUUCUCUUUUCAAAUUUGAAUCAUCUUCCCAUGCUAUCAGUAUGAGUGCCUAUUUGCGAGAACAGAGAAGGGAACUCUAUAGUCGGAGUGGAGAACUUCAAGGGGGUCCUGAUGACAACUUAAUUGAAGGUGGAGGAACUAAAUUUGUCUGCAAACCUGGAGCCAGAAACAUUACUGUCAUAUUUCAUCCAUUACUGAGGUUUAUUCAGGAGAUUGAACAUGCCCUGGGACUUGGCCCAACCAAGCAGUGUCCUCUUCGAGAGUUUCUCACCGUGUACAUCAAAAACAUCUUCCUCAAUCAGGUCUUGGCUGAGAUCAACAAGGAGAUUGAAGGAGUCACUAAAACGUCUGACCCCCUGAAGAUCCUAGCUAACGCAGACACCAUGAAGGUACUGGGAGUGCAGCGCCCUCUCCUGCAGAGCACAAUCAUUGUGGAGAAGACAGUGCAAGACCUCAUGAACCUGAUGCAUGACUUGAGUGCAUAUUCCGAUCAGUUCCUCAACAUGGUGUGCGUGAAGCUCCAAGAGUACAAGGACACCUGCUCUGUAGCCUACAGGGGCAUUGUCCAGUCAGAAGAAAAACUUGUCAUCAGUGCAUCUUGGGCAAAAGAUGAUGAUAUCAGCAGACUCUUAAAGUCAUUACCAAACUGGAUCAAUAUGGCUCAACCCAAACAGCUAAGGCCAAAGAGAGAAGAAGAAGAAGAUUUCAUAAGGGCAGCCUUUGGCAAGGAAUCUGAAGUUCUAAUUGGGAACCUGGGUGAUAAAUUAAUCCCUCCACAAGACAUCCUCCGUGACGUCAGUGACCUCAAAGCCUUGGCUAACAUGCAUGAAAGCUUAGAAUGGUUGGCAGGCCGAACGAAGUCAGCUUUCUCUAAUCUUUCUACAUCUCAGAUGCUUUCUCCUGCUCAAGAGAGCCAUGUGAACAUGGACCUGCCCCCUGUCUCCGAGCAGAUCAUGCAGACUCUGAGUGAACUUGCCAAGUCCUUCCAGGACAUGGCCGACCGCUGCUUGCUGGUCUUACAUCUGGAAGUGAGAGUUCACUGUUUCCACUAUCUCAUCCCUCUAGCAAAAGAGGGGAACUAUGCCAUUGUUGCCAAUGUGGAAAGCAUGGAUUAUGACCCUCUGGUGGUCAAGCUCAACAAAGAUAUCAGUGCCAUUGAAGAGGCUAUGAGUGCCAGCCUUCAACAGCACAAGUUCCAGUAUAUCUUUGAAGGCCUGGGACACCUCAUCUCCUGUAUCCUCAUCAAUGGUGCCCAGUACUUCAGGCGCAUCAGUGAAUCUGGCAUCAAGAAAAUGUGUAGAAACAUUUUUGUUCUUCAGCAGAACUUGACCAACAUCACCAUGUCACGAGAAGCAGACUUGGACUUUGCAAGGCAGUACUAUGAGAUGCUGUACAACACGGCCGACGAGCUCCUGAACCUGGUGGUGGACCAGGGCGUGAAGUACACGGAGCUGGAAUACAUCCACGCCCUGACCCUGCUGCACCGAAGUCAGACGGGAGUGGGGGACCAGACCACCCAGAACUCGAGGCUCCAGAGGCUUAAGGAGAUCAUCUGUGAGCAGGCGGCCAUCAAGCAGGCCACCAAAGAUAAGAAAAUAACUACUGUUUAAUGGGGUGCACUGCGGUAGGGUGGGGGUUGCUUUUGUUUCCUCAGACUCACCUCUUUAUUGGUAUGUUAUUUGGUAUCUUCCAAGGUUAGUUUUGUCUAUGCUGAUGCUUUAGUAGAAAGAAAAGUGUAAGGAUUAUUUUCUCUUUAGGUUUGGCUUUUGUUAGGAGCUCUGAAGGAAGUUUGCAGUACAAAAUGUUUUACUGUAACAACUACAUUAGUACAGUUGAUUCUAAAGGGGCUGAGGUAGGCCAAGGAAGGAAGGUAUAUCAAGCUAUUACACUCUGAGAAACGAAUGGAUGACUUAUACUUUGUUUAUUCCCCGGCAUAUAUAAAAUUCCAGCUUUCAAAGUAGACUGGCACCUAUGUUUUAGUCCAUUCCUAAAGCCACUUAAUAGUCUUCUGUUUCUACUCUCUUGACCUUGUUGGUUUACAGUCCAAUAAAAUAAGUGUACAUGCAUUGUUUUCUAUCACUUUACCCAAAUCAUAUAAAUGGCUUCUCAGCUGGUUGUGGCUUUCAACAAAUUUCCCUAACCAAAACAGGAACUCUUCAGAGUUAGGGGGGAAAAUAUCCUUUAUCUCAACCUCUUAGAGAAUUUAUAUGCUGUAGCUUGUACCUAGGCUGUUGGUUGGUUUACUGCCUUUGUAUUUUGACUGUAUCAAAACCAAGAGCCAUAAAUUAGUGAUAAAAAUGGAAGAAGGAAAGGUGGUCUGACCCACUCUGGUUUCCAAAAAAAUAAUGGUUAGAGAACGUCUCGCCUCACUUAAAACCUUGUUUGGAGGUUAAUGAUUCUGAGGUGCUUACUUAUCUUCCCAUGAACAUCUGGGAAAGUAGCCCAGGUUUGCUUAGCUGAGGGCAAGGAUGAUGGGACAGCCAUGACAUUUCUCCUCUCUCUGUGGGGCCACCAACUGAGCCUGUUUCAGAGUUGCUUUCCUGUAGUGCAGAUGCUCACUGUGUUCCUGGCACACUGGACUUCACCAUUACCCCAGGCCCCCAGUCCUCUUGCUGUGCCUGGUCACCUGUCACAGGAGGAACAGUGCGGUGAUCAGGAAGCAUCUUGAACACACAUGGAAAGGCGAGCGGGAAGGUCUGUGACUGGAUUUUGUGCCUGUUUGUAACAACUUUGGUUUUGAUGGAAUAAACAAAAAAAUAAAGACUGUCUUGAGAAGCUUAAA